UCUUUCGCCUUUACUCUCCCCCGCCGCGCCUCCCCGCUCUGUAAAUAGCGUCUCUUGGCAGGGUCUGGCGCCUGCUCGCCGGGGUGCAAGUCGAGCCAUCUUCAGGAACUGCGGCAGAUCUGGCGUUACUCUCUACCAUUAAGGUUUUUAAUCAUGCUGCAAGCAUUCAAGCACACGGGAGAAGGGUUUGAGAGACAUCUUUCAAGAUGGCAGCAUUUUCAUAAGUCUGUCCUGGCCAUCCGGAGGGAGGAUGUUAAUGCCUGGGAAAGAAGAGCCCCUCUAGCACCACGCCAUGUCAAGAUGUUGACCAACUUGGGGUACAAAGUUCUGGUGCAACCAUCCAAUCGCAGGGCCAUCCAUGAACAGGAUUAUAUUAAAGCAGGAGGCAUUAUACAAGAAGAUAUUUCCCAGGCUUGCCUUAUUGUGGGUGUGAAGAGGCCUCCAGAAGAUAAGCUAAUUCCCAACAAGAACUAUGCAUUCUUCUCUCAUACUAUCAAAGCUCAAGAGGCAAAUAUGUCCUUGCUGGAUGAGAUCCUAAGCAAGAAUAUUCGAUUGAUAGAUUAUGAGAAAAUGGUGGAUCACAGAGGAGUCCGAGUUGUAGCAUUCGGAAAGUGGGCUGGAGUUGCAGGUAUGAUUAAUAUUUUACAUGGAAUGGGAUUACGUUUCCUUGCUUUGGGACAUCAUACUCCAUUCAUGCAUAUUGGUAUGGCCCACAAUUAUAGAAAUAGCAGCCAGGCUGUUCAAGCAGUUCGGGAUGCUGGCUAUGAAAUUUCCUUAGGCUUGAUGCCAAAAUCUAUUGGGCCCCUCACAUUUGUGUUUACAGGAACUGGCAAUGUGUCUAAGGGUGCCCAGGAAAUGUUUAAUGCUCUGCCUUGUGAGUUUGUGGAACCCCAUGAAUUGAAGGAGGUCUCAAGAACUGGAGACCUUAGAAAAGUAUAUGGAACAGUACUAAGUCGACACCAUCAUCUUGUAAGGAAAACUAAUGGGGUAUAUGAUCCAGUAGAAUAUGAGAAGCAUCCAGAACUCUAUACAUCACGGUUUAACAAUGAUAUUGCACCGUAUGCUACCUGCGUGAUAAAUGGAAUCUACUGGGAGCAGAACACCCCGCGCUUGCUAAACAGACAGGAUGCACAAAAGCUUUUGACUCCUCUCCAACCUUCUCCUGCUGCUACAGAGGGCUGUCCUGAAUUGCCGCACAAACUUGUUGCAAUAUGUGACAUCUCAGCAGACACUGAAGGAUCUAUAGAAUUUAUGACAGAAUGUACAACAAUUGAUAGUCCAUUCUGUAUGUACGAUGCUGACCAGCAUAUUAAUCAUGGCAGUGUGGAGGGAUCUGGGAUUUUGAUGUGUUCUAUUGAUAACCUACCAGCUCAGCUUCCUAUAGAGUCAACAGAAUGUUUUGGAGACAUGCUGUUCCCCUAUAUUGAAGAAAUGCUCCUCUCUGAUGCUUCAGAGUCCCUGGAAAGCCAGAAUUACUCACCUGUAGUUAGAGAUGCAGUGAUUACAUCCAAUGGUUCACUGACUGAUAAGUAUAAAUAUAUCCAGAAACUGAGGGAGAACAGGGAAUAUAUGCAGUCCCUGACCAUGGAUAAGAAAAAGAAGGUUUUAAUACUUGGAUCUGGAUAUGUUUCUGAGCCUGUAAUAGAAUAUCUUACAAGAGAUCCCAGUGUUGAAAUAACAGCAGUUUCUUCGGUGAGCCUUUGUCCUAGAACAGCCUCUAUCAUGAAGACUCAACUUGAGCAGUUGUCCAAGAAAUACAAUAAUGUUGUUCCCAUCAUUAUGAACAUCACAGAAGAGGAGAGAUUAUCAUCAUUGGUGAAGAAACAUAAUCUUGUAAUUAGUUUGUUGCCAUAUUCAUUCCAUCCUCUGGUUGCUAAGAAAUGCAUUGACAGCAGAGUGAAUUUGGUGACCGCGAGUUACCUAACUCCUGAAAUGAAAGAGCUACAAAAAAGCACAGAGGCAGCUGGCAUUACCAUUAUCAGUGAAGUGGGUUUGGAUCCUGGCCUCGAUCAUAUGUUGGCAAUGGAAUGUAUUGAUAAAGCAAAAGAAGUGGGUGCUACGGUGAUAUCCUACACUUCCUUCUGUGGAGGCUUGCCUGCUCCUGAAUAUUCUGACAACCCCCUGAGAUAUAAAUUUAGCUGGAGUCCACAGGGAGUCCUACUAAACACAGUUAAAUCUGCAACCUAUUUAAAAAAUGGAGAGAUUAUUAAUAUUCCAGCCGGAGGAGCUUUGCUUGAUUCUGUUACUGUCAUGGAUUUUUUCCCAGGAUUAAAUUUGGAAGGUUUUCCAAACAGGGAUAGUACAAAAUAUGCUGAACCUUACGGUAUUCAAUCAGCUCACACUCUUUUAAGAGGAACAUUAAGGUACAAGGGUUAUUGUAAAGCUAUAGAAGGUUUUGUGAAAUUGGGAUUAAUAAAUCCAGAACCAUGCCCUAUGCUUAGUGCAACUACACCUUCUGUAAAAUGGAAAGAACUAAUGUGUAAGUUGCUUGGACUUCAGUCUUCUGUCAAAUAUGAUGAACUCCAACAGGCUGUCUACAAUCAUCUGAACGAGAAUAAAAAACAGUUGGAAGCAGUGGAAUGGCUGGGGUUACUUGGAGAUGAACCUGUUCCAACAGCACAUAGUAUAGUGGAUGCAUUGGCCAAACACAUGGAAGCAAAGCUCUCGUAUGGGUCUGGAGAGCGAGAUAUGAUAGUUAUGAGGAAUGAAAUAGGAAUUAGACAUCCCUCUGGUCAUUUGGAAGACAAAUAUAUUAAUCUUGUGGUGUAUGGAGAUGAUAAAGGGUAUUCUGCGAUGGCCAAAACGGUGGGUUACCCUACUGCUAUUGCAGCAAAGAUGAUUCUUGAAGGUGAAAUUAACAACAAAGGUAUGAUCGUCCCGUUGACAAAGGAUAUAUAUGGACCAAUACUCAAGCAUAUUCAAGCAGAAGGCAUUGCCUACACAACGCAGAGUGUUAUCAGGCAAUAAGGAGACCUCAUGUUCCUCUUAGCCACCCAUCCACUGAGUUUCUAAUAUGCACAAAUUGAAGCUUGAAAAUCUGCCACAGAUACCUUCAGUUGAAAAGUCGUCUGUGCUGAACCCAUUGAAAUGAACAGAAGAGCAGCAGCGUUUCUAUUAUCUUGAGAACCUCUAGCCUUUGGUUCAGGUUUUCACAUGAGAUUAUCCUAUCGAAUUGGGUUUAUUAAAGGCUACAGUCCCAACUAACUUAUUUGGAAGCAAGUCUCAAUGACUUCUAAGUAAGCUGUUCUAUUUGUGUACUUAUCCCAAUAUUUAUCAUAGGAUGGCAUGGUAUUUUUCUUCAGAAAUGUAGGAUUUUUAUACAUGAGGCAAGGCUCUUAAAAGGCUGUUCAAAGGUAUUUUUCAUUGUUUCAUAAAGGCUGCAAAAUUGCUGCAUAUGGUGAAUGUUAAGACUAUUUUCUAGUACAGUAUUUAAAAUGAAUUUUUGAAACAUUCUAAAUUUAGAAUGAUUUGCUCUUUAUUAGAAAUGAAGAAGUUUAUGAUCUAAGUGCCCAAAGUAUUGGUUUUCAAAAGCUCCUACUUCACCCAGAUACGGUUAUGUUAAGUUUUGUUAUAUCAUUGGUCUUUUAAGAAUGUAUAAGGGGUAAUUCAUUUUUCCAUGAGCCAUUUUUGUAAUCACUUUGUGAUUUGAUCCAUAUGCUUGAUGAGUAUCUACAUCGAUUCCUUGAAUGAUAACUAUAGAGUCAAAAGUAGUUUGGCUUUCUUAAAACUUACAUCAUAUUGUUGAGCUAGCUCAGUCUAGGUGUUUCCAGUUAAAGGCUACAGUUAACAGAAUUGGAAAAGAUCUGUUACUGGAACUUUGAAGACCUUCUCCUAAAAAGAUGUUAAUGUGCAAUAGACCAGCCUUUCCUAACUUGGUUAUCCUCCAAAGGUAUUGGGACUACAGCUUCCCAUAUUCUUAGAAUGUAUGAACAGUUUUUUUGAAUGUCAUAAAACUGAUACAGCUGUAAUGGAGAUAUGAUUUUUAUAGCCAAAGGGAAAACUAUUUUCCAGUUGCACUUUUAAUUUCUAGAAAUUAAUCAGUGGCAUUUUUAUGUAUUGAGGAUAUGAUUGUUCGAGACAUUUCUAUAAUAUAUGCAGAAAAUCCUAUUGUGGAGGAAAAAAGAUUUACUUUGCUUUACAUUUGCCAAUUGUUAUAUUCCUUGAAAUUAUGUUUUAUAUAUUGGACGACUUCUAAAUUCUGAAGUGCUAUAUAAAGUUGCCAAUUAGUUUAUUUAUUUACAUUAUUUUGAAGACAGAAUAUUCUGCAGUGUCUUGUAAGGUCCUUACAUGGUUCAAUAUUGGAGAGAAACAAUAUAUUAGGUAAUAUCUGAUACAUAUAAAAAUCUGUUCUUGUUCUUUAA